CAUGCGCGUGCAUCCGCGACGUGCCGAGAAAGUACUCGAAGCUGUUAGCUAGUCCGUUAGCCGAGUGCAUUUAAAAGUGCGGACUAGAAAAUACAUCAGAACUAAAGAAACUGCUUCAACUGUACAAACGAAAGUUAGACGUGAUAGCUAAUAGUUACUGGUGAACGCGAUAUAGCUAUGUCAAGCUACAGAAGUAGAAAUGACCAGAUCCUUGCUGAACUUUUGUCCAGCAUACAAGAAGCCCCUUCAUCAGAGCAACUAAGCAUAGACUGAAGAAUGACUGCCAAGAUUAUAAAGAUGGCAAGAAAAGAUCUGCUGGCCUGGACAGAGUCUGGGCUUUCAAAUAUACCUAUAUACCACUUACUAUACAUUACCUGCUAUUCACCUGCAAUGGGCGCAGCACUGAAUACAUACAUUAAUUGUACCUUCAGGUAUUGAUGCUCUGCCCUUCCUGUACCGAGUCCUCCACCAGCUAGCCUCUCGCUGGAACUCUCUCUCCCUACAACUGAGUGUCAGUGGCCAGGAUGAGAUCCAACGCAAUGCCCGCAGUGCCGACAUUUGUCUGGCAGUGAGUCUGGUGGAGUGGCUACAGAGUGGCCAGGCCACCUGGAAGGCUCUGGUGGAGGCUGUCUUCAGACCUGCUGGUGGGGGACACCAGGUCCUGGCCAGAGACAUCGCCAAGAACUAUAAUGGUCUCUGUCAGUUCAGACCAAACAGCUUUGCUGCAACUGUCCAGCCCAUGGAGUUAGUGUCAUCAGAAGAGUCGGUGAGACUCAUACAGAAGAUGCUCAACAACUCUGUGGCUGCUCGCUGGUACCAGAUGGGUGUGGUAAUGGGGGUGCCCCCCUCUGAUCUGGAGAUAAUCAGAGAGAGUCCCGAGUACCACGGGGCAGGGGAGAGAGAAGCUGGCAUGUUGAAGGCCUGGCUGGAGAGAGGCUCUCUGCCCAGGACCUGGCAGGUGUUGGUGGAUGCAGUAGAGAACAGAGCCGGUGGCAAUCACAAAGUCCUGGCAAAGAAGAUUGCAAACUCUCCCCUGGACUCUUUCCAGGUGGCACCAAGUUCACCACAAGCUACAAACAGUGCAGGCGCCAGUCAACCUGCUCUGAAGCCGGCAUCAACAAGAACAUUAGACUCCACCCCCAGUCUGAGAGACCUGUCAGUGUUCAAGGCCAGAUCAGGAGAGAAGAUUGAGAUCAUCAAGUCCCUGGCCCCAGAGUGGAAAUCAUUUGGUGUCCACCUCAACUUUGACGACAUGGGGUCCCAGCUGUCACUCAUUGAGGCUCAGCACGGCCAGAGUAACCCACAGAGCUGCUGCCGGGACAUGAUUAUCCACUGGCUGCUGGGGAAUGGGGAGGGACCCACCACCUGGAGAACUCUGCUGGCCCUGCUGGAGGAUGGAGAGAGGGCCUACCUCGCUGACAGGAUCAGGAGAGAACUAACUGACCCUGCAUAUGAACCAACGUUACACAAAGCUCCAUAGAUGUUUGUAGCUAUAGCUAAUUGUCACUCACACCUCUUUCAAUAUUAUUACUAAAACAAAGUUAUCCAAACCAGCAAUUAAUAUUCUGACUCUUCAAGAUUGUUGUUCAACACU